AUGGGUAAUAAAGAUAUUAGGAAAAAGCAGAAGAUAAGCAUGCUUCUUACCCUGAAAAACAUAGAAGAAAUAAAAGACUACCUUGGCAGAGGAACAUUUCCAAUUUUCAAAACUAGAUUUCAGAAACGCGAUUUUAAGAAGAAGGCAAAAAUGUUUGUUGCCACCAGUAAGGGAAUGCUCAUACGGGAGGACAAUGGGGUGUGUUUAGUCGCUGUGGGAAAUGACGACAUAGAGCGCAUAAACAACGUGUGUAGAUACGCGCAUGACUAUUUUGGGCACUGCAAGGCUGCUGCCAGCUGGAAGAAGAUUCGCAUGCAUUGGAUGGGGUUUAGGAAGAACCACCUGCUCAACUGGAUUUCAAAGUGUUCUGUCUGUGUGCUGGAAAGCCAGCAGGCGAUGAGAAAAACAAAAGUGGAGAACAAAAAAAAUGGCGAAAAAGAGGUCACUGCGUACUUCUCCAUGGAGAGGCUGCAGAUGGACUGCAUUAGCAUGGCAGAGUAUGCAGUGCACAACGAGGGAUUUUCCUACAUUUUGCACAUAGUGGAUGUUUAUUCCAGAUACCACUUCGCAUGCCCUCUGCAGCAGAAAGACUCUGCGGAAAUAUGCCGAUGUCUUUCCGCUUUAUUUGAAAAAGAGGGAUGGCCGCACAUACUGCAGUCUGACUUUGACAAGGCAUUUGUCUCUGACGAGAUAAGCAGUCUUUUGGCAGCAAACAGAGUCCUGCACAUAUAUCCUAGCAGAGGCACUGCGCAGUCUCUGAAAAUAGUUAGAAAGUCGAGAGAAGUUCUGAAGAAAAAGCUUCUGAAGGUUAUGAAGACAAAGAGCCAUGGAUACUCUUGGGUUUCUGCGCUUAAAGAUACCGUCAUCCAGUGGAACAGCGAGUUCUCAGCUUCCAUCAUGUCUAAGCCCAAUCUUCUAUUCCGCACCGCACCGCCUGAUAUAGACCAGUACAUGCAGCCACCUGCUGAGAAUGCAGUGCCAAAUAGCGCAUAA